GAGGCGGUAGCGGCGGCGGCGGCGGCGGCGGCGAUUGAGGGACGAUGGUGCUGAUUAAGGAAUUCCGUGUGGUUUUACCAUGCUCAGUUCAAGAGUAUCAGGUUGGGCAACUGUACUCCGUGGCAGAAGCUAGUAAGAAUGAAACCGGAGGUGGAGAAGGAAUUGAAGUCUUAAAGAAUGAGCCUUAUGAGAAGGAUGGUGAAAAGGGACAGUAUACACACAAAAUUUAUCACUUGAAAAGUAAGGUUCCUGGGUUCGUAAGGAUGAUUGCUCCCGAGGGCUCUUUGGUAUUUCACGAAAAAGCCUGGAACGCUUAUCCCUACUGUAGAACAAUUGUGACGAAUGAAUAUAUGAAAGAUGACUUCUUCAUUAAAAUUGAAACCUGGCACAAACCUGACCUGGGAACAACGGAGAAUGUACAUGCUUUAGAACCCAACACGUGGAAGUCAGUGGAAGUGGUCCAUAUUGACAUUGCAGACCGAAGUCAAGUAGAGGCAGCAGACUAUAAAGCCGAUGAGGAUCCAGCCUUAUUCCAGUCAGUCAAGACCAAGAGAGGACCUUUGGGACCCAACUGGAAGAAAGAACUGGCAAGCAACGAAGACUGUCCUCAGAUGUGUGCCUACAAGCUGGUCACCAUCAAAUUCAAAUGGUGGGGACUGCAGAAUAAGGUAGAAAACUUUAUCCAAAAGCAAGAAAAAAGGAUAUUUACAAACUUUCAUCGCCAACUCUUCUGUUGGAUCGACAAGUGGAUUGACCUGAGUAUGGAAGACAUCAGGAGAAUGGAGGAUGAAACACAGAAAGAGCUUGAAGCGAUGCGUAAGAAGGGCUCCGUCCGAGGUACAACAGCGGCUGAUGCCUAGAUGAAUCCUCUGUAGAGUCAGAGGCAAAAUCAAGCUGUUUACGUAAUCAAGGUCAAGUGAGGGGAACAAGUGCUGCCAGUGAUGAAUGAAGACGGAUCUGACCAGAAACUUGCAGUGUUGAUGUUUCACAAAUGUGUGCAUGGGACGCUGUAUGUACAUGUACACGUCAACAAACCCGUGUGUAUAUGUGGACGUGGGUGUAUCUUCGCCUGUAGCUGUAUAUGAGGCCCAUAAAGCUAGAGGAGCAGAUACUACACUUGCCCACGUGUGUAUAUAUAUAUGUACAUACAUACAUACAUUUAUUGAGGGGAUUCGUACAAUUUCUCCCAAGUACUGUACCUAUCUUCAGCAAAAAUGCAAAGGAAAAUAUUUUCAUUAUAUAUACCUGAAGCAGAUUUUAAUAAUUAACGGAGUAAUGCCAUUAAAAGGAUGAUUCGAUUGCGAUGUGCUAGCCGGUAUGUUUCAAGAUAUCAGUUUGUGGACCAAUCUGUACUUUUUUAAUGGAUUUUUCUUCCCUUGAAUCAGUCUCUUCCGACUUUCUAUUUUAGCCUAGAAGCAAGCAAUUUAGUCCCAGAGCAAAAGUUUAUUCUGCCUUUUUUGUUAUCCCUCUGAUUCUGGAAUGUAAACUAUGAAUGUAUUUAUAGCCUAUUUAUUUCUGGACGAUCAUUAUCUCACAGCCAAAUUUGAAGAUUUCCAUGAGUAAAGAAUACAGUUGCAGUCCAAUUUUUUUUACUUGCCUUGAUGGGAAAAUCCUUUAAAAGAAAACAUCCCCAUUUUAUUGGAUUUUUUGUACGUUUGAAUUUCAAGUAUUUUUCUAGAGCAAAAACUGGCAGAAACGGAGAUGACAGCUUGUGAUUUAUAAUGAACACUUUAAACUUUUCAGGAGUCUGUUAGGCAAAAAAGAAAUUGGUAAUACUGGUAUUUAGUCUUAAGGUGUACCGUAGGGGGGGUGUAUAGAAAUUGGAAGUGGAGUGAAACUCCUAGUUUCAGAAAUGACUAUUUUCUGAAAUUGCCAUUGGGAAAAACUAUGCAAAUGGUCUAGGUUUCUCACAACUUACACAGUGGAAUAGAAUGAUGACUCUGAGCUCUUUUCAUGUUGAAAAUACACUUUAAUAAAAAGAUGUUCACUUUCAGCUGCGAUGAAAGUGCAAAAGUUAUAGCAUCUGUUAGAACUGGUGAAAAGGAGAAGGUAGCAUACAAACCUCGUGUCAGCGGCCCUCAACAAGGACAUUGUCUUCAGGAUUUUUUAAGAAAAUAUUAAAAUGGAGCAUAUCCUAGGUCUAUAUUAUUAAAAUGCUUGGUAGGUAGAACAAAUUUUAAAAAUUAUUUUAGAAACAGUUAGCUAGGUUAGAUUUUAUCGGACUUCUCUGUCGAACUUGGAUUCCGCCCCACCCAACGCCCCCACAAUCCGUCCUAGAAGCCUGUGUAGGAUGAGGUUUGUUUCAGCCAUGAAGUUGUAAAUCACACUUCUUCCCCUCUUGCCACCGAAAACACACCCAACUCUGAAUCUAGCGGAAGCCAGUUUGCAUCUGAAUUUUUCCACCGAGCCCAGCCAGCCCUGCCUCAGCAACCCCUCUCCCCUUCCCCUGGGCGAUUGUGGCCUUCACCGGAGUGAUUUCAGUGACUCGGAUGAGGUUGCCGGGCUGCGCUGUGACUGCCCUCCCCAUCCUCCUUGGGUUGCAGGACCCUCCUCUUCCCCCCAUCGUCUGUCCUCUGGGUUCUCGGGGUUGGAAACGGUGUGUACUCCCUGAGUGUCACGGUGAGGUGGGCUCCGACUGAAGCGGAAUCGUGGUCAAAAGCGGCGGAGGACAAGGAGGGCUCCUGCUCCUCCUCUUGUGAGACAAAGGGCCAUCUUUCUUCCCACGGAUGGACUCAACUACCCUUGGCACCGGGGUUUUUAUGUUUUUCAGACGACCGAUGGGGGUUUGAGGGAAAAUCUGGCGAAUGUACAAUAUCUAGUUUACUUGACCGUCUUGUUGUAAAUGAACGUAAAACAAAGGCAAAGACAUGGAAAAAAAAAUAAAUUUGAUCACAAAAUGCCA